AUGCAGUAUUUCUUGCUUCACUUGCUGCUAGUAUGCUUGUUUCUGGGCUCCGCGGCACAAUCAGUGCAGGUUAUGCAAAAGGCCGACCGCGCGCACACAGCCGCUCAGUUGUUUGUCGAUGGCAAGGACGUGUUUGGACGCGAUCUACAUUGCCGAACUUGCCACGUGUUGCUGAGUAAUCUCAACGCCCGGCUUCUGCCGCUGCUUAAGAAAAUGAAGGCAAAAGAGGGCAGACGGGUGAACGGAAACGAUGCAGCAUCGCGGCGUUUUGAUUAUGGACUGUACGAGGAAGUCAUCGAGUCAUAUGUGCAAGGCGCUUGUAGGAUGAAUGAGCUCUGGCAUAAGAGAGACUUACGUAGACAAUGCGAAAUUAUUCUAGACGACCACGGCGAGGAGGUUGCCUUCGCUUUCACAAGAUGGCUCGAAACGGACAUGUCUGAGGAAGGAGGGCCAAAAACCACGGACUGGUCGUGGAAUUGGGAAGUUUGCUACAAAGCCACGCAUAGCUGCAGUGAAGAGCUUUCCAUGCAUAGUAUUGCUGAAUUUGCCGACGAUGGGAGCGGCGAAGCAGAACGUAAAUACAGAAGUGAGCCCGUUCCUCCAAAAAACAGCAAGAAAUACGGGCUUUUUCAUGCCGUCGCAAGUAAUUUUUAUGAGGUUUUCAUCGAUAACGCUGAUGAAGACUCCGUCGUUUACGUCGCUUUUCCAAAGUCCAGACGGGCGUUCCACCAAUCGUUGAUGCCAGCUCUGAAUAAGGUUCAGGAACUUUUCGAUAAUAAUCCUAAGACGAGAGGUUGGUUAAAGAUCGGAAUCGUUGAUGCAGAACUUAACGAUAUCCCACCUCCAUAUGGCAGCGGCCAAACUCAACCGACAUUAUCGGUUUACGCAGCGGGCAUCAAGAACUGGCCUAGGUAUAUAUCUGAUGAUAACGAAGGAAUGCUGACUGUGCAUGAUUUGCUGCAGUUCUUUAUGAAUACAUGUUCUAAACGCGUCAGCGAAAGAUCACGUGUUCUGUUAAAUGAGCUGUCUUAUGAGAUCUUACAUCACAGAGUAUGGGAUCACGACGAAAUAUGA